AUGGAAGAGAGUGAUGAACAUGACCAGCAUAUUUCAGCAGGGAGAAAAGAAAUUCGAAAGAGAAGAAUACCCAGCCAACCAAUGGUAGACAAAUCCCAACAGACUGAAGUAUCGGAGAAAAAGAAACCCCUGUCCAUGCCUCAAUCAUGUGACCUUAAAGCUACCCUUAAUAUUAGUAAUAUUUCUGGAGGCACAGACAACUAUGAGUCUCUUAGAUUAUCUGCUCAACUUCAGCAAACUUGGACAAAGAGAAAGCAUGUGCAAGAUAUGACUGAUAAAUCUCUGCAGACAGACAGUAAUGUAGAAGAAAAAAAAGAAAGAAAGUCCAUUGCUACAGCAGGGGUACCUGAAGAAAAGCCAGCUGCUAUUGAAGAAGCAGCUCCUGAAUUUCUAGAGAGUGUUCAUGAAGCUGAAAUUCCGCCAAGCAAACACUCAGCUCAAUUCCAAAUAGACAGAUCUCAGCAGACCAGUUGUACUGGAGACUGGGCAAUGAUGUGCGUUCCUUGUGUGGAAAAAGUGGAUAAAGAACAGCAGACCUACUUUGAUGAUCCAGAAAUAAUGGUUAUUGGCAGACCAAGCAGUUCUUCCUUGAAGUCCAAGGAGGACGGGCAGAAACGUAAAUCCUCAGGGAAGAUUUUCAUUACUGAACAACCUGUAACAAGUAGUAAUGAAGAAAUUAGGCGGAAGAGUAUCAACAGAUCUUCAUUUAGUCAACAAAUGAAAACAGGUACUCCAGUACUUUUAGAUAAGCAUGACUUUCCUGCUGAAGUACAGCCACCCAGUGUAGAAAAGAUCCCUGCUGAAGUGCAGUCUCCACCAGCUGAGAAGACUCCUGCAGAAGAGGCCCCUGUGCCUCCCUCUGAAGUUCAGCCUCCAAUAGCUGAAGGGGCUCCUGUUGAAAUACAGCCUUCCCAAGCUGAAGAAGCUCAUACAGAGAAGGCCCCUGCUGAAGUUCAGACUCUACCAGCUGAGGAGGCCACUAAAGAACGGGCCCCUAAAGAAGAGGCCCCAGCUGAAGUAGCACCUACCCCUGAUGUACAGGCUCUUUCAGAAGAGACUUAUGUUUACACUAAUCCUCCAUUGACUGCAGAUACUCCUGCAUCAGAGGCCACAGAAUUUCAACCUCCGCCACCUAUAGAAGGCCCUGCAGAAUGGAUCCCAGCUGAACUUCAGCUUCCAUUGGCCAAGGAGCUUCCUACUGAGGAGAUCACUGCAGGAGAGGCCCCUCUCCAAGUUCAGACUCUAGUAACUGAGGACUUUCCUGAAGAAGAAGCACCAGCUAAAGUUCAGCCUCCACAUGCUGAGGGGUUUCCUGCAGAAGAGGCCCCAGUUGAAGUUCAAUCUCCACCUCCUGAGGGGUUCCCUGAACAAGAGGUCUCAGUUGAAGUUCAGUCUCCACCUGCUGAGGGGUUCCCUGAAGAAGAGGCCCCAGCUGCAGUUCAGACUACACCUGCUGAGGGGUUCCCUGCAGAAGAGGCCCCAGCUGCAGUUCAGUCUCCACCUGCUGAGGGGUUCCCUGCAGAAGAGGCCCCAGCUGAAGUUCAGUCUCCACCUGUUGAGGGGUUUCAUGCAGAAGAGGCCCCAGCUGCAGUUCAGUCUCCACUAGCUGAGGGGUUCCCUGAAGAAGAAGCACCAGCUGAAGUUCAGUCUCCACCAGCUGAGGGCUUCCCUGAACAAGAGGCCCCAGCUGCAGUUCAGUCUCCACCUGCUGAAGGGUUCCCUGCAGAAGAGGCCCCAGCUGCAGUUCAGUCUCCACCUGCUGAGGGGUUCCCUGCAGAAGAGGCCCCAGCUGCAGUUCAGUCUCCACCUGCUGAGGGGUUCCCUGCAAAAGAGGCCCCAGCUGAAGUUCAGUCUCCACCUGUUGAGGGGUUUCAUGCAGAAGAGGCCCCAGCUGUAGUUCAGUCUCCACCUGCUGAGGGCUUCCCUGCAGAAGAGGCCCCAGCUGCAGUUCAGUCUCCACCUGCUGAGGGGUUCCCUGAAGAAGAGGCCCCAGCUGCAGUUCAGUCUCCACCUGCUGAGGGGUUCCCUGCAGAAGAGGCCCCAGCUGCAGUUCAGUCUCCACCUGCUGAGGGCUUCCCUGCAGAAGAAGCCCCAGCUGAAGUUCAGUCUCCACCUGCUGAGGGGUUCCCUGCAGAAGAGGCCCCAGCUGCAGUUCAGUCUCCACCUGCUGAGGGCUUCCCUGCAGAAGAGGCCCCAGUUAAAGUUCAGUCUCCACCUGCUGAGGGCUUCCCUGCAGAAGAGGCACCAGUUGAAGUUCAGUCUCCACCUGCUGAGGGGUUCCCUGCAGAAGAGGCCCCAGCUGAAGUUCAGUCUCCACCUGCUGAGGGGUUCCCUGCAGAAGAGGCCCCAGUUGAAGUUCAGUCUCCACCUGCUGAGGGGUUUCCUGCAGAAGAGGCCCCAGCCGCAGUUCAGUCUCCACCUGCUGAGAAGGCCUCUGCAGAAGAGACUUAUGCUGAACUGCAGUUUCUACCGACCCAAGAAACUACUUCAGAAAUGGUCCUUGUUGACAAACAACCCCCAUCAUCUGAAGAGGCCUCUGUCACACGCAUCUCUGUAAAAGAUUCCCCAGGUGCUGCUCAGCCUCCACUAUCUGAAGAAGCCCCUGCGGAUGAAGCUCUGGUAGAGAAUGUGUCUAUGGAAUAUCAAUCUUCCAAGACAAUAGAUGUCCCAGUGGUAAAAUCAGAAUCAGCAACUUUAAAAGAUGAACCCAAAUCUGGAGAGCCUUUAACACUGGAAUCUUCCUGA